AUGGCGACCCAUUUCUUCUCUCGCUCUCUUCCCAAAACGCUAGCCAUGAGCUCCUUCCUCUCUCGCUCUCUAUCCACGGCCACCUCCGCUGCUUUCCUAUCCACCGCCCAAUCUCGCUCUUCUCUCUCUCUGUUCCACCGCCUUCGUCCCCUCGCUGGAUUCGUCGCCUCCGCCGGUAAGCCCUCUCCUGCGUCCGUCCGGUGCUUUUCGACCAACUCGACGACGUCGUCGCUUAGAGAUCCAAACCCUAACUGGUCGAACCGGCCUCCCAAGGAGACGAUACUCCUCGAUGGGUGUGACUUUGAGCACUGGCUGGUUGUCAUGGAUCCGCCUGAGGGUGAUAUCACCAGGGAUGAGAUCAUCGAUAGCUACAUCAAGACCCUAGCUGCGGUCGUCGGAAGUGAGGAAGAAGCAAGGAUGAAGAUCUACUCAGUUUCAACUAGGUGCUAUUAUGCAUUUGGGGCACUUGUGUCUGAAGAGACUUCGUACAAAAUCAAAGAAUUGCCUAAAGUGCGGUGGGUACUUCCUGAUUCUUACUUGGAUGUUAAGAACAAAGAUUAUGGAGGAGAACCUUUUAUUAAUGGUGAAGCAGUACCAUAUGAUCCCAAGUACCAUGAGGAAUGGAUAAGAAACAAUAGCCGAGCAAAUGAGAGAAACAGACGCAAUGACAGACCUCGAAAUUAUGACAGAUCAAGGAACUUUGAUAGGAGGAGGGAAAAUAUGCAGAACCGAGAUUUUCAGAACAGGGGUCAGCCUCCUCCUAUGCCUAAUCAAGCUGGGCAAAAUCCUGGGCCUAACAUGCCUGGACCUGCCAACAACAUGAGGACUCCCAACAAUAUGGGCCCCCCCACCCCCCAACGCGGGUCCAAUGCCUCCCCACAACAACAUGGGUCCAAACUACAGUAA